AGGAGCCGAGACCCCCUCAGACUGCGAGGAGCCGGCGGGAUCGGCCAGGCGGCUGCAGCCCUGCGCCGAGCCAGAGCCGCUGAUUUAUUAUUUUCUGGGAGGCGUUGGAUUCCGGUGCCAGCUUUGUAUGUCUGUCCGCGGCUCCGCCAGGGAGGGAAUAACCCAUCCGGAGGCUGGGUCCAGGCAGCAGCACAACCUUCCUGCCAAGAUGGCUGCACCAUCUGCAGAGGCUUAUGAGUCAGCUACUGCCUCCGCUCACCCUUCACUCCAGCAGUAGAGGCUCAUGCUUUUAAAUCCAGAGGUCCUGGGUCGAGCUCUACAGCAAGUCAACCUGGGCAGUGAUUACACCAGCACAUUGCAAAUAACCAGACCCGUGAGUGUGCUGUGAUAAGAGGGGACACUUGGGAGCGUAAGAGUUGCUGUAUCGCAGCCGACCUUUAGACCUAAGCUGGCUCGCCAAAUGCCACUGACUCGUGACUCAACUUCACCUCUGAGUUGCCAUGGCCAAGUUAGAGACCCUGUCUGUUCUUAGUGACCCAAGAUACCAGAACCAGGACACUUUCCACUCGUUUGCCUCCAGGCCCUCUGAAUCUGCCUCCCAAAACACUAUGGGAAGCGUAGGCAGCGGAGUCGCCAAUGAGCAAGAGUUUGCGAUGAAGAGCGUGGGAACUAGGACUCAGAGCAGCAGCAGGCAGGCUGAUGGCUCGCGGAAUGGCUAUUCCACGCGGGAGAUCUCUAACCGUUACUCUGGGGAGGAGAAAACCUACAAGUCAGAGAUCUCCAACUCCCUCUACAUCAAUGGGGACCUGCGCAAGAGUGAGAAGAUGAAGACAGACAUUUGUGGGAACGUUGCCGCCAACAACGAGAAAAACCUGCCACCUCCUCCCCAGUACAGAGAACCCAGUAACCCACCAAAGAUAUUGCCAGUCUCUGGCAAAUUGGACCAGAGCAAUGAGCCCUUAGUUAGACCUUCAGCCUUUAAACCAGUAGUUCCUAAAAACUUCCAUUCCAUGCAGAAUCUCUGCCUGCCACAGAACAAUGGAAUAACAGAGAACAGAAAGAGCUUGAAUCACACCAACAGCAAUAGCCCGUCUGCAGGCAAAAGCGGACUGGAGAAGACCAGCCUUAAUAGGAGUACAAACCAAGUGGGAGGUCUUUCCGAUUCUGGCCGUAACUCUUUGACGAGCUUGCCCACUUACGGGACGGUCUACAGUCAGCACGUUGGCCCAAUGAGUGCUUCAACUAGUCACAUAAACCGCAUUGGCACAACCUAUGUAGAUAAGAACAUAGUGGGAUACAAUGGAAUAUCUACCUCAGACAGUGGACGGUCUUCAAGCAAGAGUACUUCUUCUUUCAAUAGGCUCAACCAUCUGAAUGAAACAAUGCCUUUCCAUUCCCCCUCGACAGAUGAUGUUAUCCAGGACCUGGAGGACAGGCUGUGGGAGAAGGAGCAGGAGGUCCUGCAGAUGAGAAGAAACCUGGACAAAAGUGAGGCUGCCAUCUUCCAAGUGUUUGAGGAGAAGCAAAAGAUCUGGGAACGUGAAAUGGAGGACCUCAGGCAAAAUUAUGCAAAUAAACUACAGCAGGUCUCCAAGAAGGCCCAGAGGGCUCAACAGGCCUUGCAGCUCCAGAUCUUCAAGCUCCAGCAAGAGAAAAAAAAGCUCCAGGAUGAUGUGGGGCAACUUCUCCAGCAGCGAGAAGAGCUAGAGAAAAAAAUUGUGGCUUUCAAGAAAGAACAGGCUGAGUUUCUUCCCAAGAUUGAAGAAACCAAGUGGGAGGUGUGCCAGAAAGCUGGUGAGAUCUCACUCCUCAAGCAACAACUGAAGGAUUCGCAAGCUGAUGUCUCUCAGAAACUGAAUGAGAUAGUGGGGCUGCGGACUCAGCUCAAAGAAGGUAAGAACUUCCUGAGAGAGAAGGAAGAGCAGAUCACCACCCUGAAAGACUCCUGCAGCUCCAAGACUGUCAGCCUGGAGAUCUGCGAGAAUGAGCUGCAGAGAAAGAUGAAUGAGGUGCAGAUGCUAAGGGAAAAACUCAACCACUGUGAGCUGGAGGUCUCUGGCCUGAAGCAGACACUGGCCAGCAUGGGGCACCAUGGCCAUUUCAAUUCAGAGCUCACCGAGAAACUAAGGGACCCGUUGGCAUGUGAGAGCGAUGAGGCUAAGAUGAAGCGCCAAAAUGAGGACAAUGUCAUUGCCCUGAAGAAGGAGGUUGAGCAGCUCCAGACAGAGCUGAAGCUGGAGCGCCAGCAGCGGGAGCAGCAGGUGAUGGACUUUGAGGAGGAGCAGCGCACGUGGCAGGAGGAGAAGGAGAAAGUGAUCAAAUACCAGAAGCAGCUACAGCUGAACUACGUGGAGAUGUACCAGAAGAACCAGCUCCUGGAACAAAAGGUGAAUGAGAUGACCACCAAGGCCACCAGCCCGCCUUACACCGAGGAGAAAAAACCAUGGACUCCAUCCAGGCUGGAGCGAAUAGAGUCCACGGAGAUCUAACAAAGGACCAAGUCAAUAAAAGUAAUUUUUAUUACUGUGCAUGUACUACCUACUCCAGCCAGUGAUCUUCCUAAGAAUAAUGUGCUAUUUUACCAGAAGUGUGAAUGCACCGAACCCCCCACCCCUUACUUUCUUCCUCAGUGCUCUGUAAGUAAACUAACUGUGGAUGUACAUUGUUAUACUAUUGAUGAUGCUACAUCAGUUUCUCCUAGUACAGCAAGGAAGGGCCCAGUGGCCCUUUAGGAAUCUGCCGUGACUGUUAGUUCUCUAUAUGCUGCCAUCUCUUCCACCAUCAUCAAUUCCCCUGCCCUCUGCGUUGGUUUUUUUCCCCCCCAUCAGUUCAUGCAGCAAAACAGUGCAAAGUGACAGGGUUUUUCAGGGCAUUUUAGCCACAUUGGCUAAUAGAGCAAAGCUCUUGGGAUCCGAAGAACUGUGCAGUUCAGCACGUCACGGUAUCGAUGAUACUUGUCUGACAGCCUAAUCCAAUGAAGUCAGUAGGAGGUUUGCCAUUGACUUCAGUGAAACAAGGCUUUGACCCUAUUCAAAUAAGUCUCUAUAGCAAAUGCAUUGCUAACAAUUACCAAGGUCCAUGAUGUCACUAGGGGUUAGAAUUAGCCAGUUGAGGUGCAAUGAGCCAACACCAACCGCUGUCCGAAAUGAACUGAGAGUUGCAUUUGAGGUUCCAAAAACAUGCUGUGCUUUCACUUUGCUAUUUACAUUCACGUCCCCUCCCACUUCUUGGCAAUGAUCAGGACUAGAAGCAGAAAUGGCAGCAAACCCCAAAAUAAGGAAUCCCCAGUAAUACAGGCAGCAAUUCCCAUUCCUCAGGAGAGAUCCCAGAGGACAGAACUUUGACUAAUCUUCAGAGAAGUAUUCAGACUCCUUCCACAUUUAUCCAAACCAGAAAUGAAUCUGUGUGGGACGCCAGGUGGCAACACUAUCCCAUUCCCAAAAGAAAGGUGCCAGGGUUGACUUUCCUCUUGCCGUUGUUCCCUGUAGAACUGGUUACAGAUGGGCCUCAGGAAACCACCGCUGUGCUAAUGAACAAGCAUCAGCACCAUGGAUAGAUGUGGCAGGAGUUAAGACCCUAGCAUAGGAAGUAACUUAGACCCCAGUUCAACUGAGGACCCAAGCACUAGAAUGGGUUACCUAGGGAGGUGGUGGAAUCUCCUUCCUUAGAGGUUUUUAAGGUUAGGCUUGGCAAAGCCCUGGCUGGGAUGAUUUAGUUGGGGUUGGUCCUGCUUUGAGCAAGGGGUUGGACUAAAUGACUCCUGAGGUCUCUUCCAACCCUGAUAUUCUCAGCAUGUGCCUAAGAUCCAUGCUGAGUGGGGGACGUAGGAAAAUCCUAGGGGCCCAGGUCUGCCUGCAGAUGCGAGUGUACAAUUGCCAAGUCUCACACCUGGACCCAAGGGCAGCAUUCAGCCAUAAAUGGGCCUGAUUCUGUCUCCUCCUAAAGAUGUGUCACACGCUUCCGGAAGUGUAAAGGGGUCUUCAGGUGGGACUCAGUUGAAGCAGUGGUGUGCGGGAGGCUCCGUGUAACUCAGGAGGAAGCCCAGUGUCCUUUCUGGAAGGAGAGCUAGAAGGAACAAAGAUGCACAGGGUGUCGAAUGAGCAGUGACACACACCCCUACACAGUGAUUUCAAUGAGAGUUCAGGCCCAAGUGUGUAUUGGGCGAGAGCGGCAGGACAAGACAGGCUCAGCACUGUGGAAAAAGCAGCCGAGAAGACGACAUGGAAGCUGCUCAUUUUCCAUAUGUCCCCUCAGCUGAGCUCGCACUACGAGCUGGUGGCUCACAAUUCCUCGGGGGGGGUUGAACUUUGGUUGGGAUUUACACCACCUUGGGGAAAGCCCAGCAUUCAGCAAGCAGGGCUCACGGGAGAAAGGGGAAACUGACCAGUUCUCAGGGAGUUUCAGUCUGUUGUUUUCCAGCUGACUUUGCCCUUUGAGCAGGCAUCAGCAGUGACCAGCACGGGCUACGGGAGGUGCUGGCAGAUGACAAUGGUCGCUGUUGCUGUACAAAUGAAAGUUUCUCGCAGGAUGACCCUUCGCAGCCUGUGCUGGGAAACAGCAAUUGAUCGUGAGGGCGCCUCAGUUUGCCCCCUGCUGCUCUUGUGCUAGGGGAGGCAAAGAAAAUGUAUUGCAUCAGUCCGGCAAAAACUAAAGCAAAUACCUGUGAAACUGGCUGUCUCAGAGAUGAGCCCAAGCCAGCUGCCUCGCAAACGGUGUUUGAUUGAUGGCCAAAUGGCACUGUCCUGGUCUUGGGGUGGGCUAUGUUGGACAAGGAAUAGGCCUGGUGCUUGGAGACAGGGUGGCCAUACUGAAUAUACAGGGUGGGCCUGAUGCAAAGCCCAGUGGAAAGAGUCUCAUUGACUUAACGGGCUUUGGAUGAGGCCCUGAAUCAGUUGCAGCUCUGUUGAAGUCAAUGGAAUGACUCCAGCAUAACAUCCUUGUGAGACAGGAGUCAGGCUCUGACUGUUGGCCUGUAUCCCAGUUAUGGGAGCAGAAGCACUUAUAGUAGGAGGGAGAUCGACGUCAGUGGGAGCAAGAUCAGUGGCAAAGCUCCCAGUCAUAUGAAGAGGAGCAACCUUAGCCACCGUCAUCUCUGUCUGUAGAGCCAGGAUGGCGCGGGACGGGAGCAUUGCUUCCCAGCCACUGUCCGUCAGCAAAGGCUUCAGCUGGGCGCGCUAUUGCAUUCCAGUCUUAACAAUGGACGAGACCUAGCAUUAGCGUUCCAAGCUUGAUUUCUCGCUUUGCUGCCCAUUUGUAAUGGUGCAAUUGUGUCCCUGCUCAGCUCUCCAGGUGCCAGUCGUUAAUCCGCCCCCAGCCAGGCAGCAGAGUUGGCAAUAACAGGUGCUGCUUGAGGGCGCAAGGGCUGAGGCUGUGUGCACAGAGCAGCAUGCAGACACCAGAGGGUAGGACUCGGCUAGGACAUUGGCAUGGCAGCGCCUGCCAUUUGUGCUGCUGUUAGACCUGGCGCCGUUUCCAGGCCAGGGCGUUGUAUUCCCUCCCCGGUGCCUUCAGUUACAGUCAGUGCAAUUCCACAGGCAAAUGUUCUGUGCACUCGGGGGGGGGGGGGGGGGAGGAUGUCUAAUUUGCAUGCCUAGUUGUUGGAGCCAUACCUGGGCCACCUGGGUCUGCAAAUGCCUAGUUUGUGUGCGAAGGCUGACUUAUGUGUGUUAGAAUUAGGCCCUGUUUCUGUCAUUUUAAAUUAGUUGGGCCUGUUCCUCCGCUGAAGUAAAGCAGAGUAACUCCCUUGACUUGAAUGGAGCUGGCCACCCGGCUACUCUGCGAGGGCUGGAUCCUGCGAAGGGCCGAGCACCCUGAAUCCCCGUCAGUCAGUGUGAGGGGCUGAGUGCACUAAACCCUCAGAGUUAAGGGAUGGGGGGAGGCCUGUGUGACCUGGGGCAAACCCUCUUGCUAGGCCUCAGUUUCCACAUAAAUUAAACCAGGAUAACCAUCCUUCCCUACCUCACAGGGAUGAAUUUAUUCCUGUUCGCAAAGGGCUCUGAGCUCCUUGGGUGGAAGGGAAAAGUGCUGAGCAGCUACAAAUAUUUUUAAUAGAUUUCAGACCAAUUUUAUGUGUAAUUUUUCAGGCCAUCAUUUAACAAGAAGAUGUUUCAGGGAACAGUAUCUGCACUUCCAAUGGGAUGAGCCCCAGAUCCUAUUAGAUCUCCUCCAUUACUGUGGGUGAAAUUCUGGUUCAAAUGAAGUUGAUGGCAAAACCCUCACUGAAUUCAGUGUGGCCAGGAUUUCCCCCUGUCAUUUUAAAGGGCCCCAAUCAGCCUUUGAGAACGUUCACACCCCUGAUGUUCACCUGUGGUAGCAUCAGCUUGCAGGUCCCAUUGAUGCCAUCCAGAGAACCCUUCUACCCGCUCAAUGCAUGCCUGAGAUUCCUACUGGUGCCCAACAAGAACAGAACUAGAUGAACCUCCUGAGGUCUCUUCCAACCCUGAUAUUCUAUGAUUCAGCAGAGCUAAUCACUGGCCAGCAAGCUGGGUCCUUACAAUGGUGACAUGCAGAAGUACCUCCACGGACUGGAUUUGCCAGGAAACUGGGUUUUUUAAAUAAAAAGAUCGGAACAGACCGAUUUGCAGAUUUACAUGUUCUGCAGGCUUGAAACAUUCCCUAAAUAACGAGUGAUCUAAUCAGAUCAAUAGUAGGCCUCCUGAAAGCUCCAGACUAUGUCUCCACAGCAAAGAAAAUCCCGCUGCUGGCCUGUGCCAGCCGACUCCAGCUCGGGGGGGUUCAGGCUGGGGGGCUGUUUCAUUGCUAUGUAGCAUUCUGGGCUUGGGCUGGAGCCCGGACUCUAGGACCCUGCGAGGGUCCCAGAAGUCUACAUAGCAAUGAAACAGCCGAGUCCCAUGAGCCAGGGUUGGCUGGCACAGCCACAGGUGUCUAGUUGCUGUGUAGAUGUAUCCUGGGUGUGUCCCAGAGUAGGGAGGCCAACAAUCCAUGAAUUAAAAAGCUCCUAAGUACAUAUUUAUCCAAUGCACUGUAGCAUCCCAGAUCUUGGCAGUAAAGAGGGGGAUGGUAUGUUUUAAGACCUCCCUUAAUGUCCAUUGUACGCCAUUGAGGUGGGUGUGUGAGACGAUUCUGGGCCAGAACCUCAGCUACUGGAGUGGGAGCUAGACCAGCUAAGGAUCUGGCAAUGUUCAAGUGACAUUGCAAAGAGAAAUCAAAGGAAUAGCUGAACCUUCCACACUCCACGGCCCCUUCCUUAACUGGCUGUUUUCUAUGCAAAUUAGCCAGGCACUUUAACAAGCCAGACUCGGCAAAGUCACCAUUUCUGCAGGGCGAUUUUGGUGCAAAUUGCUCUUUGUGUAUGAUGCCCACCAGUGUGUUGCCAUUCCAGGAGGGUAGCUGAGAGCCCCCUUUUUGAGGUUAAUUACCCUGUAAAUCCUGUAGGCGGAUGUUUUGCCAAAAUGCCGGCAAGUGCACAAUUCCAUUCCCUUCCUUUCCCUGAGUCCCCACCAGAACUGUUGGGUGAUAAACGGACUCAUUCUGCUGGAUGCACUGCCGAUUUUAGGAACCACAGAGCCACUUAAGGACAGGGGAGGGUGUUGUGCAGAGAGUUUCCACCUUACAGGCAGAAGGUGCCUGUUCCCAUCCCUCUGGUCGUGUGUCAUUACCGUUCUUCCUGCAGCUAUGUCACCUUGGAUUGGUAUCUAGUCAGAUCUUUUGAACUAUGCAGCUGUGCGUCUGCCGUUCCUUCGGUGGGAGAGCCACACCGAAUACCCAAGGUGUGCUUGGAAGUUAGGCUGGUGAUUCAGCAAAGAGCGUUCUUCCCUCCCAGGUCAGCACUGAGCUAAUGCCCCAGCGAGCUGCCAGAGGUGCCUCUUGCGGGUGAGUUGCCAAGCAGAAGGUUCUGAUCCUUAAUGACUCCAUUGAAGUCAGUAGGGCAGAUCUUUGGCUGGUGAGCAUCAGCUUAACUUCAUUGCCACAGAGCCCCAGACUUAUGUUAGCUGAAGAUUUGGCUCAAAUGAGGAACACUCGUAUAAGGGAAGGAAGAAUCGGAUCCUUUAUUUCUUUGUGUGUUUGGUUUUCUUCCAUAAUUUUGCUUCUGUUGCUUUAAGACGUCACACCUGGGUUGCUUUGGCUCAUCUCCAGAGCAGCAGGUGUGUAAUGGCUUCACAGCUGUACGGGAAAGGAUUAGAGAUUAAAACUGUGCACCUAGCAAUGCCCAGUACUGCUUAGUUUCCACCAAUCAACUGACUGGCGAUCAACCACAUCGCUGCAAACAGACAAGCAAACAAUAGCGUUGCUAGCGUAAAACUGUAGGAAAAUCACUGACGGUUUUCUGUGUGUGAAGUGCUUAUUAACUGAAAUAGGAACUGAAUCAUAUAUUAUAUGCUGCUAAGUGAUACAGAGACAAGUGUACUUUUAUGUAAAUAACGGUCUAGUUCUGUAUAUAUGAUUAUUAAACAAAACACAAAAAAAAAAACCGCUGUGACUUCUAUGUGGGUGACUGGGAUUGGCAGUAAGAGCAGAAGUCAUUUUCAAGAGUGAAGUUCUGGACUACAGCCCUGAUCCUACAAGGUGCUCAGCAUCCUCAAAUCCCCACUGACUCCAGUAGGAAUGGGGGGUGUUCUCCAUCUUCCUGGAUUGGGCCCUUGCUGUCCUGUUUAUCUAUUUGUUCCUUCUGCCCAUUGAUAGUCCUGUAGGGAACCUGAGAUAUUGAUGUCCUGUUGUUGCUUUGGUGCAAGCCUUCCACAAAGCCCACCUAGGCAAGGCCAUGAAGCUCCCUCCAUUCUUCUUCUGAGACUUGGAUACUCAGAAGAAAUGCCCAAUUCGGAACAGCCUCUUAGGAAACCCACUGUUGAACUCUGCCACCAGCCCUAUUACCCCAUCUACCUGGCUUCAGUGGCCAUGAACAUGGCUAAUUAACCAGUAUGUGCCAGGAUUUCCUUCUGCUGAUGGCACUUUUUAGCUUGUUUGAGAUGAUGAGCCCUGGGCCAUCAUGCCCAAAGGCCGAGUUAGGGUGUUUGAAUUACAGAUUUGGAACUGUUUCCUUUAUUAUUUCCUUAAUUAUUAUUUCAAUAAUUCCUGGGGUUAUUUAGUCUACAGAAGAGAAGAAUGAGGGAGGAUUUGAUAGCUGCUUUCAACUACCUGAGGGGGGGUUCCAAAGAGGAUGGAUCUAGACUGUUCUCAGUGACAGCACAUGACAGAACAAGGAGUAAUGGUCUCAAGUUGGAGGUUUAGGUUGGAUAUUAAAAAAAACUUUUUCACUAGGAGGUGGUGAAGCACUGUAAUGGGUUACCUAGGGAGGUGGCGGAAUCUCCAUCGUUGGAGGUUUUUAAGGUCAGGCUUGACAAAGCCCUGGCUAGGAUGAUUUAGUUGGGAAUUGGUCCUGCUUUGAGCAGGGAGUUGGACUAGAUGACCUCCUGAGGUCCCUUCCAACCCUGAUAUUCUAUGAUUUCAAAUGGUAGACACUGCUAGGGCAUUGGGAGUGGGCUUGCAGAAGAGAAUCUGUCCACUGGGAAGGGGCUCAGAGUCUAUUAAGGAAAUAAACGUUGAUCAAAACUUCCUCUACACUGGGGAGAGGGAGCUGAGAGAUCUUGGUUCUUUUCCCAGUUCUAGUGUUGACUUGGGAAAGUCUUCAUCUCUUUCUGUUUCCCCAGAAACUUCACCUGCAAAAGUACAUUGAGAUCCUCUUAUUUCAGGGGCUGUAUGAGUGCAGGGGUAUAGAACUAGCCUACACCAAAUGAAGGGUGCCAUUUAACUCCCAUAGACUUCAGUGGGAAGUGGAUUGGGAAUCUAAACAACUCUGUUUAUUGUAGGCUAACAGGUAGCAGCAGCAUUGGGUCCUGUGAGUGUCACUUUAUCUCUCUCCCUAAUGGCUCCUUAAUGCCCAGGUUAUUAGGGAAUAAAAGAUUUCAGAGGCAAAACCUGAAGUCAGACCCCUUUAUUCAUGACCCCUGCUUGGCAUGUCUGGAUAGACUCAGCCCAUCUUAACUCAGGAGUGACAGAUGCUCCCAUCGCUGAGCCCGAACUCGGGCUUCAUAAUGGAAAAAUUGCAGCAUGUAGUGAAAUGAGGCUCAUGGGUUUUCCCUUCAUGUAUUCCUCUGCUGACCUAGUUAUUUUCAUCAGCCCUAGAAAGCACAGUUGAGUGAUUAACGACUGGGGCUGGCAGUAAGGAAAUCUGGAUUCAGUUCCCAGCAUGGCUGCUGACUUGCUAAAUGAGCUCAGGCAAGUCCUGUCAUGUCUCUGUGCCUCAGUUUCCCCAGCUGUAGAAUGUGGAUAAUAAUCCUUCCCUGCCUCAGAAUGGUGUUCAUUCGUUACUGUUUGUAAGAUGCUCUGAGAUCUCCAGCUGAAAGGGGUUGGAAAAAUAUAAAGUGCUGCCUGAGAGAGAACUAUUUUUGAAAGUGCUAUGGGAGAACAAAGAGAACAGCCUUUCCUCCCUUCCCCCUUGUGCCCCUCGCCUCAAAGGAGAGAACUUAUUAAAUGUCCCUCACAAAGAAUAAACUUCCUGGAGGUAGUGACAUCUCACUGAGGCGGGGCUCAAGGCUACAACAGGCCAGGGGUUGGCACAAGAGGCAUGCUAGUGUGCUCUGUAGUGAACAGGCUAAUGUGUGUGAACUACUGCCCACUGCUGGAUGGAAUUGGAACUGCUCAACUGCAUUAUAGGACCUAUGCUGUUUGCACCCGGUGACGAUAGGUCAUUAGCUCAAAUCAGUGAGAAACCAAGCUGCUGGGGCAAGUUGCGGCAGCCAGGAUGUGCAGCGCAGUGCCAACAGUGAAGGCCAGAUUCAAUACAGUGCAAAGAAUUCUCCUGUUUUUACCCCUGUAGCUUAAGACAUAAAAUCCGCGCGCACAUGACCACUCCUGUCCCUCCAGGACAUUUUCCCCCAGGGCCCAUCUCCAAACACCGUGGAAGUUGCCCCUGCACAUUGCCUGGGACUGUGCAAGCACCCCUGAGAGAUGUCGCACUAAGGAGCCAUUGCUCCAUUUCCCCUUCCCUUUGGAACUCCUAGCAACUGGCUUGGCAAGCCAGCCGGAGUCAGCCUCUGGCAGGGUGAGUCUCACUGCCUGCUGGACAGGGGAUUGCAGAAAGGCCUGGAUCUUCCACUAUUAAGGAAAUAGUGCCAUCUUUUCUUAAGAACCACCUUCUGUUAGUAAUCAGCUGCCUUUGGCAACUCCUUUGCCAUGAAAUUAUUAGCAGGAUCUGCCCUUGAUAUCCCCAUCUGUGUUUAGGGCAUGACCUAUGGUAGCUACCGGCCAAUUCAGGAUUGCCUCUCUGGGAGCUAUGCUUGUCACCUGCUUUCCAGCACAGUUAUUGAUCCCCAUGAUUUCCCUGUCCAGUGUGCGCAGGUAUUUCUGGGAACAACUUGUGCUAGCCAAUAACAUGCUCCGGACUAGCUCCCAAGUAAUCUAGUUCUCAUGCUCUGCCUAUAUUUGCCUAGCAUGUGCAAUUGUCACAUGGCUUGUCACUGCAUUAGUUGGGGGCUCAAAACAGUGUUACAGCUGCAGCCAGCUGGCUGCAACCAUGCAGAAAAACAGUUCCAAACCUAUCAACAAGCCACAGUGCGGACUCAGCCUCAGCAACACCUCAUACACGCCGCAGAGCAGCAAGCGAGGGAGGGAUCCCUUAGAACUUCAUUUGCCAGCUGUUACAUAUAUACACAGCUGUUGCCAUGCCCCCUCACAGAUCCCACAGAUCACUCUUGAUCUGACCAGAAGAGGUAAACGAUGACAAUCAUGGUUCCUGCAGUGUGGGAACUAUUAGCAAAUGCCAGCUUGUUAAUAGAGACCUCCCUUAGUGGAUCAAACGGAACACAGGGCUCCGGAGCUAACUUAGACACAUAGCAUUGGGGAUAUGGCUCAAACUGGUAGGUGAGUCUGUUUGUUUAGAUCAUAAAUCCUUGAAUAAUAUCCAAAGAGGUUAUAAUAAAAUCUGUAGCUUGGCUCAGUGUCAGGCAAGGUGCUUGAAGAGCAAAGAUUGUACUUUUCUGGAUUUGAAUGGUUAUUUUCUCAGAAGAAAUCAAUCUUGGCUUCCCCUUACAAAGAUACAUUGGCCCAAGCCCUGGUUCCAACUCCAACUGAAUAAGUGGAAGUCUUUCCAUUGCCCCCCUGGGCUGUGAAUCAGGCCCCUAGUAUGCAUGAUCAUGUCUCCCUCUAGGGGCUGGCCCCUGCAACUAUAACAGCUUUCUACUGCUUGACAGAAGGAGUCUCAUAGACUAUCAGGGUUGGAAGGGACCUCAGGAGGUCAUCUAGUCCAACCCCUUGCUCAAAGCAGGCCCAAUCCCCAGACAGAUUUUUGCCCAGAUUCCCAAGUGGCCCUAUCAAGGAUUGAACUCACAACUCUGGGUUUAGCAGGCCAAUGCUCAAACCACUGAGCUAUCCCUUCCCCCUAGUCCUUUAACUUAGGUGGUAGGGUUUGUGUUUAUGGCAUUGAAGGUACCAGUCUGAUCCCCAAACAAAGACUGGGGCAGCUCUGAAUUUUGGACUGGGAUCCAAACUUGGUCAGAAUCCAAGUAUGGGCAGGUUGGAUCCAGAGUAUCAUUUUGGGCCCACCUCUUCGGAAGACACUGUAUUUAUCUAGUCUAGCGGCAUGGUCCCUUGGCUCCUUUCGGAUGACUGGAGGGACAAAACCACUCGGGCAGAUCUACCCCACUGGUGCAAAAUGCCACACCCUAGCAGUGUGCUGAGCAAACCAAAUGCCUAUGCAGUUUCUUACCAUGUGAUGGCGGAGUCAGGUUCUGAGCUGGAACCUCUGAAGGGCAUUUUCAUUUGCACUGCCUCUGAUCUUCUCUAAGUCUGACAUUUGCUCUUCUAAAAGCUGUGAACCGGGGGCACCCAAGCGUGUGGGACCCUGACAGGUGACCUGAAAGGAGUGUGUCCAACCUGCCUUUACAUUUACAUUGGGUUUUUUUAAAUCAAAACUAAAUUCCCACAGCUUAUUUGCUUGUCUCUGUCUUGUGUCUGUUCCUUUACAGUAACCAUGAGCCAGAUCCUCAGCUGCUGGCAGCCCACGUAGCUCUGUUGACUUCAGUGGUGAGAUGCCAAUUUAGACUUGCUGAGGAUCUGGCCUAACAUGUUUGCUGGUGAACCCAGACAUAAAAACCCCGCAGCUGAACAGGUUGGAGUCUGGCCCUGCCAGUGGUAGGGGUUGGGUUAGCCGCAGGUGACUUUGUUGGAAUCCGCAUAGACCCGCAGGCAGCACUUGGGAUGGCCCUACUAUAAACAUAAGUCCUUACUUUGUGUGUUGUGUUUCUUAAAGUCUCCCUCGCUAUCUGCUCUUACUGUGAAUUCAAACCAGAAGUUAAACUGUUCCCCUGUGUUCUGCGUUGACUGUUAAUGUGUGUCUCUGAAUUCCGUCUAGCGAGACUUGGGAAAAACAUCCAUGAAAACAAAUAUUUUCAAAAGAAUAAGUAUUUAUUAAUUAAAACAGACCUGGCUUCGUGGCUCAUGUCCACAUUCAGACACUGUUGCAUUAACUGUGCCUCUGGUAAAUGUGUUUAAAGAAAAGAACUUAAAAAAAAACCUGGACUUUUUGUACAGCAAAGAUGUAUCCAUUUAGAAACCUAUUGUUAAACCUCUAGCACAUUUCACAAUCUACAACUAGUCUAUUGUACAUCUCCAUCGGGUUAUAAUGUUGUGAAGAGUCGCUGCCUUUUGGAUUUUCUACAGUGUACAUAUAUAGAUAUGUCCAUAUAGAGAUAGGUGUAUAUAUAUAUGUAAAGAUCUAUAUGUAUACGUAUCUCUAGCUCUCUCUCUAUAUCGAUAUCCGACUGUGAAGAAUUUUUAUUCCAUCAAAAUAAAAUGG